AUGUAUACUGCACUACGCCGCCGACUGUCGUCCGCCCUCUCACUUAACAAGCAUGUCGCCUAUGGCUUAAAGUCUGGCGCAAGCAAGCGGCUGGAGUCGGCGCGCCCGGUUCACAAGCAGUUCUCUACUCUGUUAACUUCCAAUCACCUCAGGUCUCGCCCACGCUAUGCGCCUUCGCCCGCUGCUCUUCGUCAUAUGCACGUUCGUGCCCUUUCAUACUCGUCCAUUCCAAGGUUCGUUCUCCGAGCGUUCAGAGUGCCUAUAGCAACAGCAACAGUGGGAGCUGGAGGGCUGACAUAUGCCAACUACAAGUUUGAAGAAUUCAGGAAGCAGUCCUCGGAUUGGAUCGCGUCGGUACAAGACACCGCUUCCGACCUUUUAGACACUGCAUCUGGGGCAUUGAAGACUGUGUCGUCUCGGGUAGCCGACGUUAAACUCCCCCAGGUGAAGCUCCCUGAUCUCGAAGCACCCCAGUUCUUGAAGGACCUAUUCUCAUCGGAGUCGGCGGGGGAUAAUGGAGGGAGUAGCAAAGCCGGGUCAGACUCUCAAGGGAGGAAACACCCGGACGGCGACGACGCAGCAGCGUUGGCUGCACUAAUGGCAGCCGCAAACCUCUCUGCUUCGGACUCCAAGGCUAACGACGACAACGUACCUCCCGACGUCCGACAGAACGGUCUCAUGCAUCUGACGCGGAAGCUUAUUGAGAUCCGGUCCAUGCUUCUGAGCAUAGAUCAAAGCGACGCGCUGAAGCUGCCAAGUAUUGUCGUCAUCGGCAGCCAGAGCUCAGGCAAAAGUUCAGUGCUGGAGGCCAUCGUAGGGCAUGAAUUCCUACCCAAAGGCAACAACAUGGUUACCCGGCGCCCCAUUGAGCUCACUCUCAUCCACACUCCCGGUGCGACUGAGGAAUACGGCGAGUUCCCCAGUCUGGGACUCGGAAGGAUUACCGACUUUGGGAGCAUACAGCGCACUCUGACCGACCUGAACCUCGCUGUUCCCGCAUCAGACGCCGUCUCCAACGAGCCCAUUGACCUCAGAAUCUACAGCUCGCGUGUCCCUGACCUCACGCUGAUCGACUUGCCUGGCUACAUCCAGAUCCCCUCUUUGGACCAACCUGAGACGUUGAAGGAGAAGAUCGCCGGGCUUUGCGAGAGGUACAUCCGCGAGCCCAACAUCAUCCUAGCCGUUUGCGCAGCCGACGUCGACUUGGCGAACUCCCCAGCAUUGCGCGCUAGCAGAAAGGUCGACCCGCUCGGCCUCCGUACAAUCGGUGUAAUCACCAAGAUGGAUCUGGUUCCUCCGGAGCAGGGUGCAACGAUCUUGUCAGGCAACCGGUAUCCUCUACACCUCGGCUACGUCGGCGUCGUCUGCAAGCCCUCAGGCAAGAAGCCGUCGUCCUCCGCACUUAUUGCACGGAAUGGUGAGGACGACUAUUUCCGUUCUAACCGGGAACACUACGGCUCAGCGUCAAGCCUCAUGGUGGGCACGAGCACCCUCCGUCGCCGCCUCAUGGAGGUGCUCGAGUCGUCCAUGGCCUCUUCGCUGCACGGCAUCACUAACGCGGUACAACUCGAGCUCGAGGAGGCGCAGUACCAGUUCAAGGUGCAAUAUAACGACCGCCGGAUCACAGCCGAGUCGUACGUCGCGGAGACGAUGGAUGAGCUCAAGGCGCGUUUCAGCGAGUUCAUCGUGCAGUUCCGCAAGCCGCAGGUCCGCGCAAAGCUCAAGGCGAUGCUCGACGAAAAAGUGCUCAACGUGCUCGAGCAGCUCUACUGGUCGGACAAGCGCACGCCGGAGCUGAGCGCGCUCGCCGCGGACCCGAAGGUGAAGCCGGAGAUGGUCGAGCCGUACUGGAAGUACAAGCUCGACGCCGCGGCGUCGCUGCUUACCAAGUCCGGCGUCGGGCGCGACGCGACGCUGCUCGUCGCGCACGGGCUGCGCGCGGUGAUCGACUCGAUCGCCGCGGGCGAGCCGUUCACGUUCCACCCGCGCGCCGCGGAGCGGCUCAUUGAGUUCUCGCACACGAUCCUGCGCGAGCGGAUCGGGAUCACGUCGGACCAGGUGGAAAACUGCAUCAAGCCGUACAAGUACGAGGUUGACGUCGACCCGCGCGAGUGGGAGGCGGGGCGCACGCAGGCGAUGACGCUGUUCGAGAAGGAGGCGGAGAUGUGCGAGAAGAAGCUGCAGGAGAUCCGGAAGAAGGUCGGCGGGAGCCGUAGGCUGAGUAACCUGAUGUCGUACGUGAAGAGCCUGGAGGAGAAGGAGAGCCAGAGGAAGCAGCUGCGCUUGAGUGGCGCGGAGGACCUCGACAGUGCUGCGGGCUUGACAGAAGAUGAAUAUCGAUACCCCCCAGCGCAAAUUCUCGAUGCCCGCCACGCGAUGCUCUGCAACGACCGGCUUAGUAUUCUCAAGCUGCGUCUAACUGCCCUCAAGUCGAAACGCUGCAAGGCCGGGCCUGAGAGCGAGGUCUUCUGCCCUGAAAUAUUCCUUAAUGCAGUCGCAGAUAAGCUGGCAUAUACGUCGGCUAUGUUCAUCAACAUUGAGCUGCUAGACCACUUCUUCUACACGUUCCCCCGUGAGAUCGACUCGCGACUGCUAUACGACCUCGACCGCCGUGAGAUUGUAGAGUUUGCGCGGGAGAAUCCCGUGGUGAGACGACACCUCGAUCUCCAAGAACGUAAAGACAAGCUGGAGGAGGUCAUGAAGCAGUUGAACAGCUUGGCAACACUCAGACCAGAUGUCCAGCCCACAGCCCGUCGACAACGCGGACUAUUUGGAGGGAUGUUUGACUAG